UCCACCAUAAAAACUUACAUUUCAAGACACUUCUAAUCAAUAACCUUUCACCAACUGCACCUUACAAAAUUCUUGCUUUAUCUUUAUCCUUCCAUUCAUUUCCCACAUUGCCAAAUUUGAAUUUUGCCAAUGGAUGAAAAUUCGAGACUUGGGCCUUCAUCCCGGUUCAAAUUCGAAUUAUUUUUUGUGAUUUUGAUCUGUUUUGUUGAGUCAAUUAUUUUUGUACAAGCACAAAAUCUUGAUGAGGAUGGCUUUAAAGAGCUUUGCAAUAUGGAUCUCACCUCAUUUCUUCCUCUUCCUUAUGGCAGUCUACCAAAUAUGGUUUGUAAACCUGUUUGGAAUUCAUACCUGCUAAGGUACUCCCAAUCAAAGGACAAUGUGAUCACCAUUGUGUUAUCAACUAUAUACACCAGUGGAUGGGUAGGAAUGGGAUUUUCCAGUGAUGGAAGGAUGAUUAAUUCUAGUUGCAUGGUGGGAUGGGUGAACAUAGAAGGCCGAGCUCGAAUAAAACAGUAUCAUAUAAAGGGAUUCAAACCCUCGGAAAUCAAACCAGACGAAGGUCACUUGCCACUCACCAGUGUUCCACCAUUGGUCGUGGUUCGUGAAGCCACAAUGUACUUGGCAUUCCAGCUUAAGUUCAACAAAACUCUCAAAACACAGCCGAUUUUACUCGCUUUUAGCAGUAAACACCCCCACCAUCUCCGGCUUACUGUUCAUGAUGACAAGAUGAGCCUGAAUUUCGAUUUCUCCUCAGGAAAUGCUGAUAGCAGUGUCUAUUCGUCCCCUAGCAUUAUCAAAAACAAGAAGACUCAUGGAGUAUUGGCUAUGCUGGCAUGGGGUCUAUUUCUCCCUUUUGGAGCAAUUUUUGCAAGAUACCUUAAGCAUAAGGAUCCCCUUUGGUAUUACCUUCAUGUAGUCAUUCAGUUCAUUGGAUUUUUAUUUGGAAUUGCUGCAGUGGUUGUUGGGUUUUCACUCAACCACAGGCUGCACAAUUACAUUCCUGCGCACAAAGGCAUUGGAAUUUUCAUUCUCACGCUCACCAUUCUUCAGGUCACUGCUUUCUUUACACGACCUAGUAAGGACAGCAAAUAUCGCAAGUACUGGAGCUGGUCGCACAAUUGGUUUGGCAGGAUUACCCUUUUCUUUGCAGCAGUGAAUAUAGUUCUCGGAAUACAUAUUGCAGGUUCGGGACAAGAUUGGAAAAUCGGCUACGGAUUUCUUGUUGGUUCGACAUUGAUUAUAUGUAUUGUUUUCGAAGCACUGUCAAGGAUUAAAAAGUCAGAAGAACCAGCAUUCCCAUCAACUUACCCAAUGAAUUCACUGUAGCACGUGCUGUCAUGUAAAAUAAUUUGUGUGAAACUAAGAUAAGAUCUACAUCUAGGUGAUGCAUCUGAAGAGAAAUUUUUGGUGAUGCAAAUGGAAGCAUUGGACUAGGUUCAGCUUGUGCUCUGGCUACUCUCCACGACAUAAAGGCUUAAAACAUUGGCUCCCGGAGCAAAAAAUUCCCCCUGCGCCACCUGUCUGUCUUCUCCAACCACUAUACAGAAGUAUCUCCCUCACCAGGGGAAAAAAGAAAAAAGUUAAAAGGAUUAAAGGAAUUUUUGGUUUGCUGAUUGAUAUUUUGUAUGUGCUUUGUAUCUGUUGAGAGUGUUUCUUAGCAUAAGCAAUACCAGUUUGAUGUAAACCAUACAUGUGUGCAUAUAGUUUUUUGCCCCUUCCAUCUUCUGGCGUCUAUUAUUUUGUAGAACAUUUUCGAAAUUAUUUUGUAGUUAAGAUU